AUGGUGAAAGCUGAAAUUCCUGAUUUGGAAACAGCAAAGAAAAUCAAAAAGAAGUUUAUCCAGAGUGACGCUGGCGAUGGCACAAAAGCCACAGAACAAUACAUCCAUGGCUACAAGCUAGCAUUUACCUUGCUAAGCAUCGUGGCUAGUCUUUUCAUUGCAGCACUUGACCAAACGAUUGUUUCCACGAUCUUGACCGAGAUCAGUGAAGAGUUUGGUAAUUUCGAUAAGGUAGGCUGGCUUACCUCCGGAUUUCUUCUACCCACGGCAUGUUUCAUGCCGCUGUAUGGUAAGAUCUCUAUUGCCUUUGGCAGAAAAUAUACGCUCAUAGCGGGCAUUAUUAUAUUCGAAAUCGGCUCGCUCAUUGCUGCUUUGGCCAAUAGCAUGGAUAUGCUUAUUGGUGGUAGAGUCAUACAAGGUGUGGGCGGAGGUGCCAUCCAGUCCAUGGUGGUGGUGGUGCUUUCUGAGUCCGUGCCUAUUAACAAGAGACCAUUGUCCAUGGCCUUGAUUGGUAUCACCUUUUCUGUUGCUUCCGUUGCGGGGCCCUUCAUUGGUGGUGCUUUUGCUUCCCAUGUAACCUGGAGAUGGUGUUUCUGGAUUAAUCUUCCGAUCGGAGGCCUUGCUCUAGUGAUGCUUGUAUUGGCCUUCCACCCACCCAGACCAAGAGGCAGUUUGAGAGAAAAGCUUAAGAAGAUUGACUACCUCGGUACCUUCCUUUUUGCUUCUGGUCUUGUGCUCGUGCUUCUUGCCUUGACCUUUGGCGGUAACGAAUUCCCUUGGAAAUCUGCUGCUGUCAUUUGCUGCUUUGUCUUGGGUGGCUUAAUCUUGAUAAUAUUCAUCUACUACAACUUCUGGGUUUCUAAGAAUGCGCUUAUUCCAAAAGAAGUUGUUGUUGUCCCAAAAAUUUUGAUGGCUACACUGACAGCUGUGUUCAACUUCUGCUUUUUCAUGGGCAUUGUGACCUAUUUGGCUAUUUAUUUCCAGGUCAUCUGGCAAGCCACUCCUUGGAGAUCUGGUAUUGACAUGCUUCCAUUUAUCAUCAGUGUUUCCCUCUCUUCUGUUUUCAACGGUGUUUUCAUGCGUUUCACUCGUUACGUGAAGAUCACUAUGGUCGUGUCAGGUGUCUUGGGUCCUGUCGGUGUGGGCCUUUUCCUAAUUCUCGAUACAGAUACCCCUUCUAGUCAGAGAAUUGGCUUGCUUAUUCCUGCCGGUGUAUCUGUCGGUCUUAUGUUCCAAAGUUCCAUGAUGAGUGCCCAGCUUGAGGCUCCGGGUGAUGUUCCUGGCUCCAUGAUCUUGGUAACGAUCUUCUUAAAUGCCAUGAAAACAGUUGGCGGUGUUAUUGGUGUCGUCACCUCUCAGUUGAUGCUCACUUCUCGUGGACAGAAGUACCUAGCCGAUGUCGUGUCGUCGCAUGAAGAGCUCUCUCACCUUUCGCCAAGACUUGUCAUUCAGGCUCCUGCUAUGAUUUGGGAUUUCCCGGUUCCUGCCAGGGAUGAUGCUCUUGAUGCUUUCAUGAGUGCUCUUACGGAUGUCUAUUAUCUCAACUUGGCAUUCGCAAGUAUUGCUUUCAUCAGCUCUCUCUUUACAACUAACAAGAAGAUUCCAAGCAAGAACCAGAUUGGACACAACGACGACCCAGAAGAAUCAAAGGAAGAUGCAGCUACAGACACUUCAAAGGAAUUAUCCCAAGGUCCGUCAUCCGAAGAACCCUUGGAGGUAGAUCAACCAACAGAAAAAAGAAAUGAACAAUUAUAG